UAUGAUCUCUGUCUGUGCUGUGAACUGUUGGGUUAUAUCAGUAAAUGAGCACAGGCUCUUUUCCUGUGCUGCUGUACUUCUAAUUCUGGAGCCACCGAUGAAGAAGGUGAUCUGUGUGUCUCUGUAUUACAAGUUUUCGUCAAUGGCAUUCCUCUGAAGCUUAAAUACAAUUAUAAUCUAUUUUUUUUAGUAUUUCAGUGUAUGCUUUUAUAUGUGUGUGUGUGUGUAUGUUGUUGUUGUUGUUGUUAUUAUUAUUAUUAUUAUUAUUACCCUUUUAGUGGUUCAGGUUGGAUUUCCUUGCCUUGGAAAACAAGAUGGGGUUGCUGCGUUUGAAGUGAACGUGAUCGUAAUGAAUUCAGAAGGCAAUAUUAUUCUCCAGACCCCUCAGAAUGCCAUCUUCUUUAAAACCUGUCAGCAAGCGGAGUGUCCAGGAGGAUGUAGAAAUGGAGGGUUUUGCAACGAAAGACAUGUCUGUGAAUGUCCAGAUGGAUUUUACGGGCCUCAUUGUGAGAAAGCACUGUGUGUUCCUCGCUGCAUGAAUGGUGGGCUCUGCAUCACCCCCGGCCUCUGCAUCUGCCCCCCAGGAUUCUACGGCAUCAACUGUGAUAAAGCAAACUGUACAACAACCUGUUUCAAUGGAGGGACAUGUUUCUAUUUGGGAAAAUGCAUUUGUCCUUCAGGUUAUGAAGGAGACCACUGUGAAAUUAGUAAAUGCCAUCAGCCCUGUCAAAAUGGAGGCAAAUGUACUGGUAGGAACAAAUGCAAGUGCUCCAAAGGCUACCAGGGAGACCUGUGUUCAAAGCCUGUCUGUGAACCUGGCUGUGGCCUGUACGGCACCUGUGUGGAGCCCAACAAGUGCCAGUGCAAAGAAGGCUGGCAUGGGAGACAUUGCAAUAAAAGGUACGGAGGCAGCGGUUUGAGCGCCCUGAGGCCAGCAGGCAGCAAGCACAGGCAGCACAUGCCUUCGCCGAAAAGGGCCGAGGAGACGCAUGUUCCACCCGAAUCCAAUUAUAUCUGGUGAACUCCAACACCUGAAAUGGUUUGUGUUACACAAAGUGCAUAGCCUUCGUUAACCUCUCAUGGAUUGAAUGUUAAAAUGCUGUUCAUUACAGUUAAGAUUACUGGCUGGAAUUUUAUUAGCUUCAUUAUAAACCACUGAGCUGACACUUACUAUUCCUUUUAAGUUUUAUAAAUACUUCUGUAGCAUGAUUAUAUAGGCUCCUUCUUUCAGUGCUUUGGAUGGUGUUUUGUACUACAGUUACAUUUAAACUUCCUUUUUUGAUUAUAUAGCUGCAAAUAUUCUCCAAAAUUUAAGUAACAAUAUUCAAGCAGAAAACUUUGUAGAUGCUAACCUGAAUAAUUUCAAUGGCUACAGAUUUAAUUUGCUUAAGAAAAGAAAGGUGCAUGUUACAAAUGUUUACAAAUUGUGUAUUUAGACUUUUCCCUAAGAAAAACAAACAAAUAGAUAAGUUGCGUAAUUUAAAAACUGAAUAACUCAAUUCAAUGUUAUUUUUGGCCUUACAGUUUUGUGAAAUACUGUGUAUUAAAAAUACACUGUAGUGGUGCCAUUUAACCCACAGAAUAUAUUGUAAACAAAGUAGAACUGUAAUGUAUAUGAACUUUCUGCAUCAGCUUGAAGCAAUAUAAUAUAUUGUAAAGAAAACAGCUUUUAUGUAAUAAACUUUUUAUACUGGCAGUUAUAUAUAAAAUAAAGAUGCUGCUUUAGUUUUUCGAGUA